UUCCCAAAACAUUCCCCUGCUACGUCACCAACCGCCGCUCCGCCUCGCGCCACACAGACCGUGUUUCUGUUGGCUUGUCAGCUGCAGCACGAGACGCGCGGCACAGACAUGAGAGCAUAUGAAAACUGUCAGUUAGUGUCCGUUAUUGGCGUCGGUUCCGUUGGUACCGGCGGUUCGUUGGUCGUACUGUGAAGAACCGGACACGGUCCUUACUUUUCAGGCAGCGGUAUCAGAGCUCCACGCGGCUCUGCGUGAGCCUCCCCCGGCGGCGGGCGCCCUUUGUAACCCCGCAGAGUGCGUGACUGUGUGUGUUGCUAGUUUCUUCACUCCAGUUACGGACUUCCAUGACUCCAGGAACUGUCUGAUUCUGGAUCUGUCGACAGGCCCAGGCAGAGAGACAUGAGCUGGGCUCAGGAGGACUGGACGGUGGGGCUGUCUGGACGGGUCCUACAAAAAGUGAAGGAGCUGCAGGUCCAUCAGGAGCGACUGUCCAGAGAGAACAAGCAGAAACAGCUUCAGCUGGACAAUGUCCAUACAAGCCUUGAAAAACAAACAGUGAAGUAUGAGGAGGUGCGUGGGGAGCUCCAGUCUAUACAGAGAGAGCUCCAGAGCUCCAGAGAUGAGGCGAAGGCUGUAGUCACCAGCAGGGAGCGUCUGGCCCAGGAGCUUCAGACUAAGCAGGCCCAAGUAUGCUCUUUCGAGGGCCAGCUAGAUUCUGCUCGCACCCUCAUCAACAAGCUCACCCAGGAUGUCAAAAGGCUGGAGGCAGAGGUGGAGAAGCUGCAGAACAGCAGCAGGUCAGCAGAUACCACUCUGUUUUCUACACCCUGCUGGAAUGCAUCCUCGCCUUGGGAACAUAAUGGGAGCAGAAAGGAGGAGAGGACAGGACAUGGAGAUGAAGGACAGAGCCGGGUGCCUAACAGCAGACAGCGGCUCCAGUUCCCUGAAGUGGGCACACCAUCGUUACCGCGUCAACAACACAAGAACACACCCCAUCGCCAUCCAUCCGACCAAUCAGACUCCUUCUCCACUCCCCUGGCUGUGUUUCCGUGGGAACGGGAUGACUCAAGGCCUGCGUCCAAGAGACGAUCCCCGCCCUCUCCCCAGACGCCCAGUGCUGAUGUCAUCUAUCAAGUCCAGCUGGACCAGGGGGUUUGUGAGAAGGAGAAGGACUGCAGGAGAGAGACAGACAAAUCGAUAUCAGCAAUGCAGAGUCGUUUAUCUGCUCUGGAGGAGGAACUGUGUGCGAAGGCCGGGAUGUUGAAGUCGAUUCAGAACGAGAUGGCGCAAAGCAAGAAGGAGCUCGCCACCAAGGAGCUCAGUGCUCAGAGAGCCCGAGAUGAGCUCAGCCUGGCACACACACGCAUGGCCCAGGAGAGUGAACGGGCAUCAGGAGCCGAGCAAAGGCUGAAGCAGCUACAGGAGGAGCUGAAGUGUCAGAGGCAAAAUGCAGAGAGCAGCCGACUGCAACACCAACAACGAUCUAAGGAGCUGGAGAAACAACAUCAGAGGGAUUUGACUGAGCUGCAGAAGGAGAGGCAGUGUCUGGAGAAGCAGCAUCAGCAGGAGGUGAAUAAACUCAACCAGGAGCUCCAGCAGGCCAGGACACUCCACAAUGCCCUGCAGGCCCAGGCCGACAAGUUGUCCCUACAGAAGCAGGCGCUAGACAAAGAACUGGACACUCUGAAAGAGAAACUGAAGUGGACGGAGGGACAACUGAAGGAGAGCCAGAAGAAAGAGGCACAGACACAAGCCAAACUGGCGGAAGCAGUGCGUGAGGCAGAGGGUGUGGCAGUGAGUCUGGAGCAGAGCAGGAAGAAAGAACGAGCUCUGGAGGAGGAGGGGAGGAGACUGGCAGAGGAGCGAGCCGACGCCCUUCGUCUCCUCAAAGAACUGCAGGAGCAAAAAGCUGCCCCAGCACCUGUCGUACAACCUGUCCAGUUUUGCCCCGUUGGACAGAGUUUCUCCCCUCAACCUUCUUACUCUCUUCAUUCUCGACCUUCACCUCAACUCAAGAGGGCCAACACUGCUGCCCUAACUGAGCAGAAGAGGGGAGAUGAUGCGGAUAAGAGAAGGGCAGAGGUUACUGCACCUUACCCCUCUGACAGAGAGCCAGGAGAAGGCUCUGAACACAUCAGUGCUGUUAUCUCCCCAGACUCUGAGUGUUUACAAAGGGGAGCACACAGAAGAAAAAGUAACGAGGAGGAGAACAAGAGUAAAAAUGUGAUGCUAGAUAGUGAUAGCGCUGGGACAAACAAACACUCUUCUGUUGAUGCACCCUCCCACACCUCUAUGGAUGAUGAUCGCAGUUUGAUGCUUUCUGCUGGAACGACAUCUUCUGUCAAGUCUGUGCAGGCCAAGUCCUCUGAAGACCUCAGGAGGGAGAAUGCCGCGCUGCGUUCAGAGCUACAAGAUGCACGCGAAGAGCUGCAGAAGCGACUUGAUGAUCUGGAAGCCCAACGACGGGCCGAGGCAGAAGCCAGGACCCGGCUCAAACAGCUCAGCCGCAAACGUGCCAGCCAGUCUGUGGAGAAGGAGGAGCAGGACAAAGAAUGGAGAGCACAGCUGGAGAGCGAGAAGGCUGAGACAGAGAGGGUGAGGAAGGCUUUGGCUGCUUUGGAGACAGAGAUGACAAGAGUAAAGGAGGAAAGAGAAAAGAAUGAGAGAGAGGGGCAGGACGGGGUAAAAAACAAAGCGCUGGAAGACCGGGAGAGUGAAAUGAUAGAGCUUAACAUCCAGCUAAAGAAACAGCUAGCGGAGGUGAAGGCCCAGCUGGCUUUAGAACGAGAAGAGAGAAAGAGAGAGGAAGAGGAGAGGAACCAAAUAACAAAUACAGACAUAGAUGUAAGGAAGGAGCUGAGCAUGAAAGUGGAACAACUUAAAGCCGAAUUAGAAGAACUAAAGCUCAGUAGAGAAGACGACUCACUGGAAGAGGAGAAACUCUCAGUUGCCAACAGUCCGCUGACAUACUUGACUCUCCAUGAUGAUGAACUCAACUCCAACAUGGUUCCCUGCGACAACAAGCCCCUCCCUUCACCAGAGCAGCACCUUCUCUUCUGCCAGUCCACCAACCAACACAACAUGCUUGUAUCUCAGACAAGAGAAGAUCUCAUCCAGGAAGAGAGAACAGUUAUAGAUUGCUCACCUCUGUCAGAUGAAGGACAAACAAGUCAAACGCCAUCUGAGUUGGAAGACACCAGACAAAACUAUCUGGUGGGGUCUUCCCUGUCAGACCAUAUAAAGACACUCUGUGAUGUCCAGAGGGGUGAGCCCAUCCCUUCAGAUUUGGCAAAAGAGGUGAAGCGCCUGCAGAAGGAGAAUGCCGAGGAGACCGAACGUGCUAACCAGUACCAGGUUAAAUUGGAGGCCCUGCAGAGCCAGGUGACACGUCAGACCCAGCAGCUAACCAUGGCCUUUGAGAAGCAGAGUCAGCACAUCUCCGGCCUUCUAGCUGAGCUGCAAGAGAAGGAGAGUGCCCUCCUCAGCCAGGGAGAGGAACUGCAGCGCUACAAGCAAGAACUGGUUGCACUCAAGACCCAAAAAGAGGAAGAAGACAAGAAAAGAAGAGAGGAGAUAACAGCAGAAGAGGUGGAGGAGGGGAAACAAAAAGAAGAGACACAAGAUGAGAGGUCAGCGGAGAUCUCAGGGCUUGAGCCAAACCAAGAAAAGGAUUGCGCUGUCACCUUCCUCUCUACAAACCCAGCAGCAGCCAGUGACUCUAAUGCACAGAGAGAUGCAGGUCAACCAGAGAUUGUGACAUCCGACUCUGAAAGACCAACGCCUACUAGUGAUAAUGAAGCACCAUGGUCAGAGGAGGAGCAUUCAGGCUCUGUCGACUCAGACAAUAACCAUGACUCUGCAUGUGUGAUGGCAGAGAACAAUCAAGAUGGUGCAAGAGCAGAUAUGCUUGUGAAACUGCUCGCUCUCCAACAGGAGAAUCAACUACUGAAACAAAGAUUAAAUGACUUGACCGUCUUAGACGCCAACACCCCAGUGUUACACACUGACAGUGAUGAAGGAGAUUUAGAAAGGAAGACUACGAGGACUCAAGAAGAGCUGGAGGAAGUGUGUCAGCUUCAGAUCAAGUGCCUACAGAAAAAGGUGGUGGAGCUGCACAUGAAGCUACAGGCUCUCUCCAAGGACACCCAGCAGCAGGCUGAGGAACUCACUAUGUGGAGACUGGCUUCCCAACCAGCCCCAACAUUUGACCUUUCCAACACAGAGACAAACACUGAGACCCAGUCAAACCAGCUGCAGACUGAUAAGGCACCUUGCCUGGGUGUUCAGGAGAGCCCUGGUAACGUGACAGUCACCAGAGAAGAUGAGUUACUCCUUUCCAGCUCCUCCAACAAACUGCAGGGCCGCAUGUUGUUCUCCAGACUGCAGCACAGCAACCUUUCUGAACCAAAGAGUCUCCGUCCCUCCAAACAGACUGCCGCACCUCAGGAAUACAAUCAGGACACUGCCAAGAUUGACAAGGACUCUGAAAAAGAAAACCAGGAGAUUAACCUCGAGUGGCAGUCGAACAGCUGUCAAACACAACACAAAGAGAAGACAGACACUGAAGUUUUCCAGAUGUCAUCUGAGAAAACGUGUCAACAACAUGUCACCAAAGAUUCCCACAAAGCCUCAGGACCAAACCAGACCAAAGCAGCCGAGUGUCACAUGGGGAAUCCCAAGGCCAAACCUGAGGCUUCCAGAGCAACCAAUGAAAUAAACACAAGCAAUGAUUCCUCAGACAAAGAAGUCAGGACAGAAAUGAAAAGUAUCAGCAGUCAAACAGAGGAGUGUUUGUAUCCUCGCAGUGCCCCAACAGCAACUGUACUCCACUGUGCAUACACGCAGACUGAGGAGGAAGAAGGAGAAGAGUUAGUGGAAUCCCCUCCUGUCUCUCCUGUCCGGUUAUCUGAGGGGGCAGGGUUAGAAGACAAAGUGUUGUUUUCAGGUUCCUUCCCCAUCCCAGCUGACCCGGUCCGUCUGGCUGAAAGAAUCCGCCGAAACAGGACACAGCUGUCAGCCGCCUUUGACGACACAGAGUAUGAACCGUAUGGGCUGCCGGAAGUCGUCAUGAAAGGUUUUGCAGACAUCCCCAGCGGUCCCUCGUGUCCCUACAUUGUGAGAAGAGGUUUGUUAGGAACAACUGUCAUACCUGCCACUCAGAAAGACCAGGGACAAGAGGAGACUGAUUAAAACACAGUUACAGAUGUGAUGGAGAGAGCCGAUCACUGUGACUUGACGAUGAACAUCAGUGAUGGACGACAGCAGCUAUACAGGGACACUCCAGUCACCAGCAACGUGAAGCACUUCAAACCAGCGCAGGACCAGUUUUUGAAAAGCGCUUCAUGUACAUGCAUGUGUGCAGGUAACUGGGCCUGCACUGGGAGAAUGAACACCUUCACUGUGGAUCUAAAAUGUCUUAAUGGUCACCAGUUUAUCGUCUUUGCUUUCCAUUACAGUGCUGUCACUUUUUGUUUGUUGAGUUAACCACUUUUCCAAAGGGACUGUUUAGUUUUUAGUAACUCUGAAUGAACUCAUGGGUCUAGCCUACUUUAAAUGAAAACAGUGCCUAGUUGAUGCUCUUCUCAACAAGUGCUUAUCAAGAUGAGUUUGUUUUCCAAAAGGGUGAAGCCAAGAGAGGUCGCUGUGAAAAUGUCAUGCAUUGUCUUCGUUUUAAUCCUCGAGGUGGCUUAUUUAUGGACACUUGAAUGUGUUUUAGGAGACGUCAGGUGUUUACAAAAAAAUGUGUGAAAGCAUAGCGAGCAUGUGUGAGACUUUUGCUGUGAAUAUGUACGUGUGUCCUCUUGAUGUUACUGUUUGUAUAUCUGUGUGUGGGAGAGAGAGAGAGAGAGAGACAGAGACAGAGAGAGAGAGAGAGAGAGAGAGAGAGGGGUGAGCAUGUCUGUGACUCAGUGUAACUUGCGUUGGUUUCCGCUCCAUGUAUGGUGAUAUACACUGCGCUCUCUCUCUUCCUCUCUCCUGCUGCUGCUUUGCUUCUUCUGUCUUAAACUAACGAGCACUCGCUGGUCAGCUCUGACAUCAAUUUACCAAAAACGAAUCUUUGAAGCUUUAUUUUAUUCACACAGCAUCCAGAUGAAUUCAGUUGGUUUCAGAUAUAAUUUAUUUCAAUUUUCAACUAUUUUUGGUUCUUGCACAUUUGUUACUGUGUUGUUGACAAAAGCAGCCCAUGUGUAUGCACACUGUAGAUUAUGUACAGUUUGAGUUAUGCCCUGUAACAGAGGAUCUCACCACUUUGUCCACUUACAAGAUUUAACCAGUUUGUCGAGGAAUAAGUUCAUCAAACAGGUUAAUCCAAUCGUUAAACUACACUCACGCUCACAUGUACUAAAGAGUUCUGGUUGUCAGAAUAGUUUCAUACUGGCUGCAAAGAUAUCUGCAAAAUCUAAAGUCUGGGACCAACUUCUAGCUCUCUGAGCGUAGUCACUACGUCUCCAAGCUUCUAGAACAAAUAUUUUGUGGCCGAGUUUCUAUAAAAGCUCAUUCUGUGUAAAUAAUUUCAGUAUUCUUAUUUCUUUAUUUGGAUCUCCAUUAGCUUCCCCAAAGUGGUCACUAAUCUUCCUGAUGUCCACGACUUUCAGUAGAAGCCUUUCCGGGAAGUGUUUGGUGAUGUAGUGACAGAAAGUUGCAGAAAACUGGUGCCAGUCUCCUCCUCCAGCUCCUGGAGAUUCACACACAAGAAGUUGACACAUUUUAUUCAGUUCUUUAAUAAUUUAUUCAAAUGUGGACCUAUUCUUUGAAACCUGGCUGGGCUCUUGUUUAGAUUAUUUGAUCUGAAGGUUUUUUUUUGUUAUGUUAAAAAUGUUUACAUUUUAUUCAGAGGUAGAGUUGUUUCUCUCCCCGGCCUUGGCUUGUUGACUUAAUCAGAACAGUGUGGACUGUUACUGCCCUGACUCAAUGCCAUCGCCAUUCAUUUGCCAUGUUGACACCUCCCUUUCAGCUGCCUUCGUAUCUCUGGGAUCUGUAGUCUUUUGGCAGUGAGGUAGGAUCGUCAGACUGUGAGCUGAAGCUCACUAUGUUCUUGUUGCCUUGUUUUGGAUACUUUGAUGUGAAUGUAUCUGUGUUAUCUUUGAAGCUAUAAUAAAAGGCUUGGUCUUAAUUUAA